AUGACCCUCCCCCCCAGACUCAUAAUUCUGCUCUUAACAGCCCUAUCCCCCAUCAUCAUCCACCUCCUCACGAGAAUCCACCGCACCCUCCGCCACCGCCACUUCUCCCGACAAUAUGGGUGCCGCCCCAUCACGCAGUCCUUCAACCGCGACCCGUUCUUAGGGCUAGACACCCUCCCCAGCACCAUCCGCGCCAUCCGCGCGCACCGCAUCCUAGUACGGGGCUGCGAGCUCUUCGCACGGUACGGGCGCACCUUCACCACGCGCGAGCUGCAGCACCGGAUCAUCCUGACCAUCGAGCCCGAGAACAUCAAGACCAUCCUGUCCAUCAACUUCCAGGACUACGGGCUCGGCCACCGCACCGAGCCCUUCCGCCCGCUGCUGGGCCAGGGCAUCUUCAACAGCGAUGGCGCGCACUGGGCGGCCUCGCGCGCCCUGCUCCGCCCCAGCUUCGCGCGGGACCAGGUCGUCGCCGACCUCGCCGCGCUGGAGGAGCUCAUCCAGGAUCUGUGGACUGUGUUGCCGCGGGACGGGGCUACCGUCGACCUGCAGGAGUGGUUUUUCAAGUAUACGAUCGACUCUGCGACGGGGUUCUUGUUCGGGGAGUCGGUGCAUACGCUCCGCACGCCGGUGGGUCAGACCCGAAAAGAGGGGGUCGGCUUUGCGGAGGCGUUCCAGUAUGCCCAGAAGGCGGUGCUGGUGCGGGGUACGCUGGGUUGGUUGAAUGCGUUCUACCGCGAUCGCAAGGCGGAAAAGUGUAACCGACGCUGUCGGGAUUUCGUGCGCGUGUUUGUGGACGAGGCGGUGCGUGCGGUGGAGAUGCGCAAGACUGGUGACGAUCAGGUGGACGUGGACGCGGUGGAAGGGGAAAAGCCCAAGGGCAAGCGCAUCUUCUCGCACGAGCUGGCGGCGCGGACGGCGGAUAAAGAGCGCAUUCUGGACGAGCUGAUGGCCGUGCUGCUGGCCGGACAGGAUACCACGGCCAGUCUGCUGGGGAAUCUGUUCUUCAUGCUCGCGAAGAGCCCCGCGAUCUGGGCGAGGCUGCGCCGCGAGGUGGGGUGCUUGCAGGGUCGUCCGCCGAAUUAUGAGGAGUUGCAGGGGUUGAGGUUUGUGGAGUGCUGUAUUAAGGAGUCCCUCCGUCUCCACCCCGUCGUCCCCCGCAACCAACGCGAGGCGAUCCGCGACACCGUCCUCCCCCUCGGCGGCGGCGACGACGGCCUCUCCCCCGCGUUCGUGCCCAAGGGCACGCUCGUCGCCUACAACCUCUACGCCAUGCACCGUCGGGCCGAUCUCUACGGGGAUGAUGCCGACGACUUCCGCCCCGAGCGCUGGGAGGACGGCAAGUUGCAGCUGCGGCUGCGCUGGGGCUAUCUGCCAUUCAACGGCGGGCCGCGGAUCUGCAUCGGGCAGCGGUACGCGUUGACCGAGGCGAGCUACGUGCUGGUUCGCAUGGUGCAAGAGUUCCGUGGACUGGAGAGUCGGGAUCCCGGGCCGUGGGAGGAGAGUCGGGGCCUCACGCUGUGUUCGCGCAAUGGGACGCGCGUGGGGCUGAUUCGUUGAUUUGGGUUCGUGUUAUUGCCGCCGUAGCGUAUGUCGCAUUGUUCUAGGCUUCAUCUUCUCUAUGGUUGAUGCAAUUCGGCUUGAUCUCUCGAGACAUGGGUAUGUGAGUCCAGCGGGCUGAGCAGUUGAAGGCAUGGUAUAGUUGUAUGUACACUGGUGGAUUUGGGAUCCGCAGCGAGCGACUGUAAUCCAGAAAGUUAUGGUAGGGUACAAGUCACAUUGCUCUAAGCAAAUUACAUGCGUAAGCCUCUUUCAGGUAAUGAGAAGGGUGAGGAGAAUGGUCAGUGUGAGGACAGACAGAAGGGGGCUGAGAGUGUAUCUUUCGAAAAGCAGAGCACAGAAUCCGAGAAGUAGGAUUUGACACUAGGAAAGAAUAUGGAC